UCAAUGAACGGUCAGACGAAUAACGUGUCGUCGAAGAAGCACUGGAGUUACGAUGACAUCCAACUACUCAUUAAAGCCAUUAAACUAUUCCCUGCGGGCACUCAAGACCGGUGGGCAGUGAUUGCCAAAUGGGUUAACGAUAAGAGCACAUCCGGUGUGACCAGAAAUCAUAGGGACGUUAUCGGCAAAGCCAAGGAUUUACAAAAUUCAGAUCAAUCGCAAACCCUUAGAGAAGAGGCGAAUAAGAAUGCGUUCAAAACAUUGGAAAAAAAUCAACCAAAAGGCACACAACCGAGCGAUGAAUCGGAUCCGAGUCAACGAUUUGACGCGCCGCGUACUUUCGUUGACCUCAACGCCAAUCCAUGGAAUAAUGAAGAACAACAACUGCUGGAACAGGCGAUGAAGACUUACCCGUCCUCUCUGGGCACUGAGCGAUGGGAUCUGAUCUCAAAGUGUAUACCAAACCGUUCGCGAACUGAUUGUAUUGAAAGAUAUAAAUAUUUAGUAAAAUUAGUGAAAUCCAAGAACGAGGCGAAGACUGUUGUCCAUAAAAACAAGAAAUAAUUUUAAUUGUAAUUUAAAUUAAUUAACAAUUUUUUAAAUAAUUUAAAUAAUAAAUUGUAUUAUUUUAUAAAACA